UACUUACUGCACUUAAAACCGCACGGACUGUUUUGUUCGGUGCACUAAAGAGCUAGACGGACCAUUUCCAACUAGGCUUCUCUCUCUUCAGCAACUAAAUUCACAGUAAUGUAGAUAUCUGUUUUGUAUCGGGGGGAAAAAGAUGACAUGUAUUGAAAUAUCGAGUGUCAUUAUGCUGCGUGUUCAUAACAGUGUUACAGUCUUGUUGUAUAACCUUGGCUAGCAACUUUGUUUUGGUCGUUGACUGAACUGAACGAAGCUAACAGCAACCGAUUGUGGGCUUUCAGGAUGGCCCAAGCAGACAACAAAGUCCUGAUUUUGGGAGCCUUGGCUGGAGUCGCUGGCAUUGGCUUGGCCGUGGCAUGUUACCAGGGCUACAAGAUGAAACGAAGAGCCUCAUUGCCAGUGCACUACCUACGCACUAAUAAUGAACUUGCAACUGGCAUGACGUUAAUGAAUAGUCCCGAUCUACACGGGAACCAGAUUGAGGUACUGGACCGUCUCGAGGCCCUACUUCAGUGUGUGUCAGAGCUAAAAGAUGAGAUGAAGGCAUUGAAGAAUACUUUGCCAAUGCGGCAUGGUCAAGUUGGCGUAGACCUGAGGGCAGGCGAUAGGCCAGAUGCACAUCGAGCUGCUCCUCUCCACAGGACCACACCAACACGGAAGAAAAGGGCUGGAAGCAGCAUCGCUGGGGCCACAGCGGGGGGGCGAAGUUCUGAAGAAGCGGAAAGUGAGGGCGGGUAUAUAACUGCACUGACUGACUCGGAUGAAGAUGAACAAAGUGAUGAUGAACACUUGGAUGAAAGGCGGGAGACAACAGACAAGUUAAGUUGCCUGCUUGAGAGGAUUGACUCUUUGCAUCAGGGCACAGAGGCUGACAAAAGAGAAAGUCUACACAUCCUAACAAGUCAACGAGAGGAGUUUGGACAUAACUCAACGUUUCUUUGGCGUCUGAUCAGAGCAUAUUGCGACGUUCAUGACAUCAGCGCCACGCUUGAAGAAAAGAAGAAUCAUGCAGAAACUGGAAAGAAGGUUGGUGAGGAUGCGGUUGCGCUGAACCCGAGAUGUGCUGAAAGUCACCAGUGGUAUGCCAUUAUGUGUGGAAUUAUGGCUGAAUAUGACACAGUGCAGAACAAGAUCAAGAAUGGCUACAUUUUCAAGGAUCAUCUGGAUAAAGCCAUUGAGCUGAAGCCUCAAGACCCCCUGUCCUACUACCUGCUGGGCCGCUGGUGCUAUGCUGUAGCCCAGUUGUCUUGGCUAGAGAGGAAAGUUGCUGCUGCAUUAUUUGGAGAACCUCCCAGUGCCACAGUUGAAGACGCACUGAAGAAUUUUCUGAAGGUUGAAGAUAUACAUCCGAGAUAUUCCAAACUCAACUAUGUAUUUCUUGCUAAGUGCUACAGAGACAUUGGGUACAGGAAGAAGGCAAGGGAGAUGUGUGAAGCUGCCAGAUCCAUGCAGUCUGUUUCAAAAGAGGAUGAAGACGCACAGAAAGAGCUUGACCUUCUCUGCCCGCAACUUGGAAUAUUAGACCGCGAAGACGAAUUGGACCUGUAGCAUGUGCAGUGAGUACACUGAAACUCUCAGCGAGAGGCAAGUUGUUGAGUUGCAUCAUCACUGGGAGCCAUCUGGCUGAGCGAGUCAAUGUUGACUUGAAGAUGAACACGAUAAUCUGCAGGAAGAAAGUCAGUUUUUUUUUUUUUGUAAUGGUUGGUAUGGCUGGACCCCGAUGUCCUGCCCAUUGUCCUCAAUAUAACUGAGAGACUGGUUCCUUCAGACUUGGUGUCAAUACAAAGUUUCAAUGGGCAAGCAAGCCUUGUUGUUGGACUUGUUGCAACUGCCUGUUCCGUCCUGUUUGUCAACAACAUCAACAAGAAAAGCAGCUCAGAGAAUGGCAUAUCCAACACAGUCAGUGACCUCUUGUUGUCCUGUUCUUGUUGAUAAGUGGCUCUAUUUUACUGCACCCACCUUGUUGUACCUAUCUGACAUAAUUAGCACUAAUAUGCAAUGAUCACGCACAGUUGUUUUGUUUUUUGUUGUUUUUUUUAACAGUAAUGCCACCUAUUGAUUGGCAUUGUUCACUCUGGCGCCUGUUCACAGUUAAAGGGGUGACAUUUGUCAUUGGCUCUCAUGCCAAAGGCACACCUCCUGCGUCUAUAAGGGCAUUUAGUUGCUCACUCUACCACUUAUAACCAUAGUACAUCAAAACCUGCUUUAAUACAAGUCAUCACUGUCGUCCAGCAUAUGGCCAUAUUUUACCAAAGAUUAUACUUGAAGCACUUACAAAAUACUCAAGUCCUCAGCCUCAUAUACACUAAAAGCACAAGAGAAAUUGAAAUGCAAAAAUACUUAAUUUUGUCUUACAACACACUGGAACAGAAAAACAUGCACAGACAAAAAAAACAAAACAAAAAAAAAACACUACACUCAGCUUAAUGGUGAGUUGUAAUUUUAAUCAUUUGUUUGUAUUUGUUACUAUGUGGGCGUGUACAUUUGUCUUAAUGCGAAACCAACCCGUGGUGCAAAAAAACCCCAAAACCCUCAAUGAUUGAUUAAUCAACUUCAAUUUGACAGAAUUGACAGAAAAUCUUUAUAGUCGCCCCUAGAACAGCGGUGUGUAGACUUUUCACAUCCACUUUAUACUUUAGAAAAGACAUCAAUCAAUGCUUAAAAAGUAUAAAUAAUAUAUUUAGAUUUGAAUUAGGCGUGGGCUGAUAUUAUUUAACAGUAUGAUGACCGUGACCAAAACUCUUGUGGCAUCAAGCUAUUAAAAUUAUAGUUCUGAAAUUUCUCAAGAUCUUUUUUUUAAAAUGAUUUGUCUGAAUAAUUUUUUUAAAAAGUAAUACCGAUAAAAUAUUUGGUGCAGAAGUAAUGUACCAGUUUAAUUUGCAAAAUAGUUGUGAGCCUACAAUGAUUGGUAGGCUAUUCUCUGGUGGUGUGUCACAGAGCUUGUCACCAACACCACGUGGUAAACGAUGUCGGGAUAAGACACACUCGGCCAAGCAUUCUCCACCGAAAAACCAGCCUUGGGCAGCUCGUAUGGGUCGUUACCUUCACACAGAAUAACUUUCUGCUGAUAUCGCAGUUCUAGAUCAGCUGGCAAGUCAUCAAAAUACUUUGAAAAUGCCAUAACACCACAAUCAGAUGAUCGAUGUUCACAGCUGUGUGCGUGUGUGUCCCUGCAGCGUAAGUGGAACCACCCCAAAUGACUGCGGUCGGCCUCCCAGGAUGCCUUGCUCUGAGCUGUGUGUGUAUACUGUGUGUCUACAGUAUACGUACGGUAUAUACUAUAACUUGAAUCUCGUUCCCCCCCUCCGCCCCCUAACUACUCUCUGCUCACUGAGGAGGAAAAAGAAAAGUUUAGGGGAGAUAAUUAAGUUGAAAGAGGCGGCUCAUUAAAAUCAUUUCAUUCCCUGCUUCGAUGUCGCCCUCAGAAAGAAAAGAAGAGCUCAUUACCGAUGAGAGAUAGUAUUUGUGGUUUUUGAAACUUGACUUUUUAAAACCGCGGUCAACUGUCAAACCGGUAAUUGGUCCAUGCCCAGUUUGAAUGGCUCAAAUGUUUUACAAACCGGUUCACUAAAAAACGAGGCGUUUCGAUAUAGAGACUAAUCUUGUGCACGCUCAGAUUUAUUGUUAAAAUCAGAGAUGGUCGCAUCAGUAAUUUUGCCGGGUUGUCAUUUGCCAGCGGCCAGGCCACCCACCCAUCAUUAAUUCAAUCCAAAUGUGUCAUCAUCACUCCGUUAUUGUCUGUGGCGGACUGCGAAAGGGCGAUUGGUACUGACCCGGUUAGUGACGAUUCUCGUGACGGACGAAACCCACUUUUGUUGGCUGUUGUCAAAGUUUCCCGUCAUUUGUCAGUCUCCAGCAGACCGGGAAUCCAUUGGUGACACACUCGUGGGCCUUCCGUCAGUACCGUGAAGCAUGUUUUACCAGGUGAGCGAAACAAUAGAAAGCGGAAGUGAUACCAGUGAGAGAGACACAAUUUACAAGGUCAAGGCAGUUAAAAUAGAGCCAUUUAGGAGUAGAUGAUGUCAUAGUUUUGUCUCGAUAGCAGAAAUAUUGGAUGUGUGACAUAAAUUAGUGAAUGUAAUUUUUGGGUGAAUAAUAAAUUUGAGGGUUGGGAAUUUGAUUGUUUUUUGUUUGUUUGUUUUUACUGUUUUAUCCAUUCCUAAUUGCUUUAACACAUGUACUCGAAAUGGAGACCUGACAUGUAUUUAUUUUAUUCAUGUUUGUUUUAUGUAUUUAAAAUCAUUUUAAAUCUGCUUUUAUGAGAAAAAAAAAAUGUGUGUGUGUGUGUGUGUGUGUGUGUGUGUGUGUGUGUGUCGCUUUACACAAGUACGCUUAUUCUGGCAAGGUAACGUUGCAUGAACGCAUGUGAUUUUGUUCUAUUGAGCGCCAAAGCAAUUCUGAUACUUGGUAAGAUUAUAAGGCUGCAGAUACAUUGCAUGGAGGCGUAUACUGUACCCCCAUAGACUUGUGUGAACUGGCUCAUCGAAUCAAAGAAUCU